GCCUAGCAGGCACUGCAUGGAUAGUAUGCGGUUUUCUGGAGGCUCCCACGUGGAACCCGCAGGUAACUUCAGCCCCUGGUGGCCCCUGGGCGCCAGCGGUGCUAACAGCAGCCACGAGGCCGGCGAGCCCGGGAGAGGACGCGAGCCGCAGGCGGACUUGCGCAACGAGGAGCUGGCCAAGCUGGAGAUCGCGGUGCUGGCCGUGACUUUCGUGGUGGCCGUGCUGGGCAACACCAGCGUGCUGCUGGCACUGCACCGCACGCCACGCAAGACGUCCCGCAUGCACCUCUUCAUUCGGCACCUCAGCCUUGCCGACCUGGCCGUCGCCUUCUUCCAGGUGCUGCCGCAGUUGUGCUGGGACAUCACCUAUCGCUUCCGUGGCCCGGACUGGCUGUGCCGCGUAGUGAAGCACCUGCAGGUGUUUGGGAUGUUCGCGUCGGCCUACAUGCUGGUGGUCAUGACCGCCGACCGCUACAUCGCGGUGUGCCACCCGCUCAAGACGCUGCAGCAGCCGGCGCGCCGCUCACGCCUCAUGAUCGCCGCCUCCUGGGUGCUGAGCUUCGUGCUUAGCACACCGCAGUACUUCAUCUUCUCCAUGAUCGAGGUGAACAAUGUCACCAAGGCCCAGGACUGCUGGGCCACCUUCAUCCAGCCCUGGGGCUCCCGCGCCUACGUGACCUGGAUGACUAGCGGCAUCUUCGUGGCACCCGUGGUCAUCUUAGGUACCUGCUACGGCUUCAUCUGUUACCACAUUUGGAGCAACGUCCGCGGGAAGACCGCGUCGCGCCAGAGCAAGGGCUCGGAGCGCGCGGCGGCCGGCGCCUUCCACAAGGGGCUGCUGCUCACUCCCUGUGUCAGCAGCGUGAAGAGCAUCUCGCGCGCCAAGAUCCGCACGGUGAAGAUGACAUUUGUGAUCGUGACGGCCUACAUCGUUUGCUGGGCGCCUUUCUUCAUCAUCCAGAUGUGGUCGGUGUGGGAUGAGAAUUUCAACUGGACCGAUUCAGAAAACCCUUCCAUCACCAUCACUGCCCUACUGGCUUCUUUGAAUAGUUGCUGCAACCCUUGGAUAUACAUGUUUUUUAGUGGCCAUCUUCUGCAAGACUGUGUCCAAAGCUUCCCGUGCUGCCAAAAUAUAAAGCAAAACUUCAACAAAGAAGACACUGACAGCAUGAGCAGAAGACAUACCUCUUACUCUAAUAACCGAAGCCCUACUAAUAGUACUGGUACAUGGAAAGACUCACCCAAGUCUUCCAAGUCCAUCAAGUUCAUUCCUGUUUCCACCUGAGCUCCAAUUUCAGGCAGUCUGACUCUUGUCAUUGACUGCUUGGGCUAUUUCUAGCUUGGAA